AUGAUAGUGGGAUCUUGGAAUGUUAGGGGUUUAAAUGACCCUAGUAAAAUAAAGGAAAUCAAGCAUUUCCUAGCUGAGAAGAAAAUGACAGUAUGUGCUCUUCUGGAGACAAGAGUUAGAAGCUCAAAUAUGUUAAAAGUGCAGAGAAAAUUGGGAGGAUUCUGGAGUUGGUGUUGUAACUACUCUUCUUCCCCUAGAGGUAGGAUGUGGGUGGGUUGGCAAGCUGCUGAGGUUUGUUUGAGAGUGGUGAAGCAAUCUGAGCAGGUUAUGGUAUCUGAGGUAACUAGCUUAGAUGCAACUGUGGAGUUCAUCUUUGUUAGUGUAUAUGGGCUCCAUACUAUCAAUGAUAGGAAGAGCUUAUGGAUUGAAUUAUUAGAGGUGAUUGCCAAUUGUGACAAGCCUUGCAUUAUCAUUGGUGAUUUUAAUGCUAUUUAUCAGGUGGAUGACAGAGUCAAUGGGGCUAUGGUUAGUGAGGCUGAGACUCAAGAUAUGGAAGAUUUUAUUCAGAGAGGGAAUGUAAUUGAAGCUCCCAGUAUGGGUUUUUAUUAUUCAUGGAGUAAUAAAGGUCUUGGGACUUCUAGAAUUGCUAGUAGAAUAGAUAGAGCUUUUGUCAAUGCUCAAUGGAUGACUCAAUUUCCUGAAGUGAAAGUCAAUUACCUGCCAAAUGGAGUCUCAGAUCACUCCCCUUUGAUUUUUGACUUAGUAAAUUCAAGAGAGGAUGGCAGCAGACCUUUUAGAUUCAAUAACAUUCUCUGUGAACACAAGGAUUUUGAAGAGACAGUGACUACUGCUUGGAGAGAAGGGCAAGAGAGAUAUAAAAUGAAACUUGUCUGGAACAAGUUAAAGAAGGUGAAGGUGGCUCUCAAAGCUCUUCAUACUAGACAUUACUCUCAAGCUCAUUUGAAAGUGGAGGAGCUUAGAAGAAGGCUUGCUGCUAUUCAGGCUCUUCCUCAAAUACAACAUGAUGAGAGGGUGCAGAUAGAUGAAAAAGAAUGUUGUGAGCAAUUGAGAUAUUGGUCUCGAAUUGAUGAUAGUAUUAUUAGACAAAAAUCUCGAAUCACUGGCUGCAGGAAGGUGAUUCUAAUACCAAGCUCUUCUUCACUGCAAUGA